AUGGGCGCGGACUUCGAGGCUGAGGGCCUCAACCUGCAGAGCCUCCUGCAGCCGCCCGAGCCCAGCAGCGGCGCCGCUGACGGCGCCGCCCCCGGCGGCCCGGCCUUCGACUGGCUCCGCGCCGGGCGGCCGGCGUUCGCUGUUGUGGCGGAGUCUGGCGCCGCCCUGCUGGUCUGGGCGGAAACGGGGGAUCGAGCCGACCUCGAAUGGCGCAGCACCCCGCCCCUCCCACUCCCCGGGUCGGCCGCCGCGGCCGCCGGCGACGCGGCGCCCGACACCGCGUCGCAUGUGCUGGCGGCUGCGGUGACUGCAGACGGCGACAAUGGCGUCAUGGUGGCCUACGUGCUCUCGGACGCGCCGCGGCGCGUGCGUGUCGCGCGGGUUCAGGGCGACCCGUCGGGCGCCCUCGAGGCGGCCGGCGGCUGCGACGCGGCAGCAGGCGUGGCGGCGGCGCUGCCGGUGCGGGCGCUCGGGGGCGCGGAGGUCGGGGCGGAGGGCAGCACAGUCUGCGGGCUGGCGUGGCGGCCCGGGGGAGGGUGCUUGUGCGUGUGGACGGAGGACGCGGCCGCAACUGGAGGUGGGCCCAGGGCCGACGACGGCAGCGGCAGCGACAGCGGCGCAGCGCGGGGCGCGCUGCAGCUGCUGUCGCCGCCGGCACGCGGCGGCGGCGACGGCGAGGCGUGGGCUAUCAGCACACCGCAGGUGCUCGCGUCGCGGCGCCCGCGCCGCGCGCGGCGGCGCGCCGGCGUCGCCGCGUGCCUAGCUUGGUGCCCCACUGGCGGCGCGGUGCUGCACGCCGAUGGCGGAGCUUUCCAGGUCAGCCACGGCGGCGGCGGCGGCGCCGCAGCUUGGUGCCGCCAGCGGUGCGCGCUGCCGCCGGCGGCGCUGCAGCAGCAGCAGCAGCGGCGGCGGCGCGGCCCGGCGGCCGCCGUCGCGCUCGCGCCGUCGCCCAGCGGCGCGUGCGCGUGCAUUGUCUACGAGGAGGGUCCCCACGGGAGCGGCGGCGGCGGCGGGCCUGGCGGCGGCCGCGGCGCGUUCGUCGCGGCGUGGGUGCUGCCAGAGGCGCCGACCAAGGCGCACGGCGGCGCGGAGACAGCCAAGCUGCAGGCCGCGCGCCUCUCGUGGCCGCUGCUGCACGGCGGCAGCCCGCAGGACGCCGCAGAGGCCCUGCUCGCCGCGUGCAGCUUCGGCCGCAGCGCCGGCAGCGGAGGUCCCGGCGGCCUCGGCGGGCGCAGCCGCAGCAGCAGCGUGUGCAGCGGGGAGGGCGGCGGCGGUGGCGGGUCGGUGGCGCUGCUUGAUCUGGCGCAGGUGUUGGGGCUGGUGGAUGAUCUGGUGCAUCGAAUGCCGUCGUACCAGCUGCCGCACUACUGCGCCGCCUGGGACGCUGCGAAGCUCGCGAUUGUCAGCCGCCUGCCUGGCAAGCUCGCAGAGGCGCUGACCGUGGACGUGCGCAUGCGGCUGGUCUUCUGCCACAUUGUGUUCCCGGGCGCCACCUGUGCGGCCGACAUGGUCCAGGAGCUGAAGCACGUCCUGCAAGACAAGCGCGACGCGGACCUGCUCGCCCGCAUCAGCGCCGCGGACGCGGCGGCCGCGCAGGCGCUGGCGCAGGGCGUGGCGGACAUGAUCGUGCUGCUGCUGUGCUGCGUCAAGGCCUGGCUGGAGGCGCUCAGCACGCUGGGCGACGCCGGGCUGCAGGUGCGGGGCGGCCCUGUGCUGUGCCGAGCUGCGCGGCGCGCCGGCUGCAGCACAGAAGCUUUCCAGGCGGUCAAGUAG